AUGUCACUAAAUCCCAAUGCAGCGCCGUGGAGUGUGCCGGAGUCCGGAGUGGAACCGGGGAUGGACGCAAACACGAGGAUGGGCCAGCAGGGCUCUCGCUUCCACGGAUACCACCUGUCCUAUUACACUAACCAACAUACGCACCAGAUGGUGCCGCAACAGAUGUCCCGGCAUAUUAUGGGACCUCCUUUUCCUAACACUAACCACAUGCCACCCAUGCCGAGCAAUGAGCCCGCACAACCCUAUAAUAAUCCGCGACUACGGCCACAGCAUUAUAACGCCAAUGCGGUGCAUUCAAUGCAACAUGUUUCUGUCCCCUCCUAUAAAAAGUCAAGACCUGUUGUUGUUGUUGUAUUUGGUUACCGGCGCGUAGGCAAAACAAGUGUGGCUAAGCGAAUAUCAGAAGUUCGCAACUACAAAUACAUAUCGCUCAAAUCCAAGGAAGAGGGUGUUGUUGUUUCCCCGACGGACUAUGUUGCACCGCUGGCAGAUUUGCUUGCGCGCAAAAACACGUUUGAGGGGAUUGUUAUUGACGAUAUCGUGGUGCGAAACAAAUUUGAACCGUAUUACGUCCACUUUCUUUUGCAGAAGCAUGGUUUAAAAUUUGAUGUGGUCGUUGUUCUUGAUAAUGAUUUGGAUAACACAAAACUGCGCGGCGUUAACUAUGAUGACCCACUGCAGCGUCAACUUCACCCUGAGAGCUAUGAGUUUUGUGCGAGUUAUCUGGAGGGCGAGCCUACAUUGGUGGUGGAGUGCAGAGAAAAGACGUUGGAUGAGGUAGUUGGCGAUGCUCUGAGACAAUUGGGAGACGUGAAUCCCGCCAAAGAGUCAACCAUCUCCUUGAAGGAGGUGGAACUUAUGCUGAAGUGCCCCUUGGAAACCGACCCAACGCUGGUCGCAGCUAUUCUCGAGGCACAAACUCAGCAAUUAAAUUUGGAUGAGGCGGCCUCAUUUCCAUUUUCUGAGCCGAAUUUUCUGUUAGAGUACGCUGUUUUUGCGCGUCACGCCUACGCCCUUCGCAGUUACAUGAUCACCCCCUGGAUUCAAGGCGAUAAGGUCUCUUUGAUCGGGUACCAGGGCAAGGUCUACAUUCACCUUCCAAGCUACAACAUUGUCUUCCGCUUUACCGAUGCGCCGGCGGCGCUAACGCAGUUGAAUAAAGGAGCUGUGGAUAACAAUGGGAUCGGAUUUAUUUUUGAGGCGACGUUUGUACGCGACAAAAUAUACAUUUCUGACCUCCUUAUGAUGGGUGAACAGAAAGGUUCUGAUAUGCUUGCAGGUGAGCGUGUGGAGUUGUUAAGACUAAAGCUAAAAGACAUGGAUAGCAGCGGCACGGUAGAUCUGCUUCCGUGGUACCCUGUUAAAUCCAUGGAGGCGUGUGAGUCGGAGAAUCCAGAGGCCAGUGGUGUCCUCUUCGUGAAUCCAGAUGGUGUGUUGUUUGGCAGGUAUGACAGUCGGAACUUUCUUUACCCCCUGCAACGGAAGAAGUCCGUUGAGCUUCGCAUCUGGAAUGGCAACUUUGCCGGUGACACAUGGACGUUUGAUGCCUUCUGCGAGGAAGUGGAGAGUGAGAAAGUUAUUGAGGGGGUCCCUGUGCACGUGCCCGACACGGAGGUCACCACUCACUGCAUCAACGACGGAAAUAUUUUGGAGUGUGUUCGCCAGGACUACCACCACGCAGGGCCAAAUAAAACACGGAGAGGGGCCAAGCGCUUUGUAUUCCAGGGGCGCUGCCAGUGGAAGGUUCAACCGACAACCAUGUACAGGCAGGAGGUAUUUGUGAGCGAUGCCAAGUGGCCAUUUGAACGGAUGUCUCAAGCCUGCAUGUCAAUAAAGCACGUUCCUGCCGUACGUCCAGAGGAACCCGCAACCGCCGACAGGUAG